AUGAUACGAAAAGUGUUUGAUGCAAACGUCUCCCUCAUUAAGCACAUGGUGCUUAUUCCCCUCAAACUUCUUUUCGUCAUCACGGUGUACAUACCUUUCGUGAAACUACCUGUUCUUAUUCCGGCAAAAUUUCUAUUCGAUUUGGAAACGGAUUGGCAAGCCGAUAUUCUGAUACUGUGGCUAAGCUCACAGCUCGAAUUGUUGGUUUUAUCAUGUAUUCACUUCGUCAUGGUCAACGUAUUUUUGGGCAUAAUCGUUGGCCUUCUAACGGGGUUCAAUUUGAAGGCAAUCCGUUAUGUUCUUACUUGGAAACCGAAGUCGAAGAUAAAGAAAAAACCGCCAAAAUGGGCUCGUCAAUCCCGACGAUUCGUACUGGAAUUGGCACUGUCAAAUGUUGUCGUCGAGGAAAACCCCCAAGCGAAGCGUACGCCACUGCUUGAAGAUAUCGGCUUGUCACAAUUACCAGCACCUAAACUGAUGAUUGUGACGCUGCUGCUGCAAUUUGACCUGACGAAUAACAUGAGACAACGUACUCUGGGGAAAUCCCUGCCGAACCGCGCUUCUGCACUGACCUUAGAGUAUGAAGAUGAUGACGGCUACUCCGCUUACAUCUCAAUGCUACUGGAUUCACUGAGUUUGCCGGCUAUAGACUCCGCCAACUUGCCUCUGUCGUCAACUCGCAGGUCGAGCUUACACAAUAUUGACGAAGUCGAGGAGGAAGAAUUUAAAGAAAAUGCUUCUCACGUUCUUGAUAAAGUCGAGAACUUGGCAAUUGCAACUAACAAAAAGCUGGCAUCGAAGCAACCAGCUGAUGGCAUUACUACUUAG